AUGGAGAUUGAUGGUCAACCCUCCAAGAGACGGCGACGUAGUCGCAAAGUCCUCUCCGAUCGCAAGUUCGAAUGCACCUACGAAGGCUGUGGAAAGAGUUACUCGCGCGCCGAGCACCUCAGUCGCCAUGCGCUCAACCACACUCCCAAACAAAUAUAUCGUUGCGACUUCCCGAACUGCUAUCGCUCGUUCGUACGACAGGAUCUCUGCGCUCGUCACCGUGAACGACACACGACAAGUGGCUCUCAGCUUCAAAAAAGGGACCAUCUCACCGAUAAUGAUACAAAGACCUCUCCUACUUCGUCGCCAGGUCUUACGGUCCCAGAAUACUUCGUUAGCUCCGAGGAACCUCGAUCGGUCUCUACAUACCCGCUCACCACUGGCGUUGAGAGUGAGAUGCCAGUAGCGCAAUACCCAGAUUUUCCUGGUGUACUCAACCAGCCGGAUAAUCUCAUCGACCUGGAUUCCAUGUCGUACCCAAUAUUUGGUGGGGAAACAUACAAUCGCUCGCCGUUCGCCAUGGCAGAUGAUUUUGCAGCGUGGUUGUUCAGCGAACCGCUCGCCCCGCUCGGGUAUGGAAUGGUUCCGCUUGUUCAGAACCAAUUCUACAUAAACGAGCCUUCGUAUAGCAAUGAUAAUUUUUGCGCAGUGAUCCCACAACAUCCAAUGAGCGUGACUAGCAUCUUGGACUCCGGAGCACCGCCAGCUAUCAUUUCAGAAGAAAAGCGUCAAGAGCUCCUGCAUUUGAUGUCGACUCGCUUCAAUGAGGCGGCAUAUGCAGCCGGCGCAAAGCGCAAAGACUCCCUCAUGGACGGAGAUUUAAACAACGACCGCCAUGUUCUGAGCUUGCGCAUGAUGCAGACGUACAUAGGAUCUUAUUGGUACCACUUUCAUGCACAAUUGCCCAUCUUGCAUCAGCCUACUUUCGUUGCUGAUCGUAUUCCCAAUCUGUUACUGCUGGCCGUUAUGGCUAUAGGCGCUGCAACCUUGAAUACACACCAUGGCCAGACGGUCACCGAGGCAGCAGCGGAAUUGGCCAGCUUCAUUGCGUGGCAUUUGCGCUGGGAGAUCUUCAUGGAUGCCGACUUUCGGCCUCCAGCCAAACUUUGGGUCUUCCAGUCUUUACUCCUGCUGGAAGUCUACGAGAAGCUAUUCUCUACGCGUGCCCUGCACGAACGCGCUCAUAUUCACCACGACACAACUCUUACUCUCAUGCGCCGAGGCAGUUCCCUCAUCGGCAGCUCGUCGUUCGACACCCCCGAAGCCAAGGAAGAAGAUGAGUCGUGGUCAACAUGGAUUAAAGCAGAGGCCACUCGCCGUGUAGCAUUUGCUGCCUUCGUCCUGGACUCCACACACGCCACGAUGUUUGGGCACUCGGCCAAAAUGGUCGCUCAUGAACUGCGACUCCCACUACCCUGCGACGAAGCCCUAUGGGCGGCUACCAGCGCCGCAGAGGUCGCCCGCGUCCAAUCAAGCCUGCAAUCCCACGGCGUCCGCCCAAUAAUGUUCCUAGACGGCCUCAAGCGCACAUUGAAUGGCCAACCUGUCCGUACCAACGCCUUCGGUCGAAUCAUCCUCAUGGCCGGCCUCCUAAGCGUUUGCUGGCAUCUUAACCAGCGAGACUUGCAAAUCAGCUCAUUGGGCGUGGGCCAGAGUCUCGGCGGAAGAGAUAAAUGGCGCACUUCACUCCUCCGCGCAUUCGAUAAUUGGCGCCGCGAUUACGACGAAGCACUCGGUCCUUCCACGACUUCCGAGUCCCGCAACGUAUUGCACGGUCUAGCUCACAUGGCCUCCCACGUCGAUAUAGCAGAUCUCCAAAUCUUCGCAGGCGCAGGAAGACUAAUGGGUCGCUGUAUUACAGCGCGCGAUCACCGCGCCGCAAGGGAAAAGACAGAGCGAUGGGCGACCAAAGCCUCUGCGCGCGAUGCCACAUUCUACGCUCUCAAAUUUCUCUCCUCGUGUUUCUUAGAUCCAGCCACGCAGCCCGGCGAAUACGCCGCCCGUGACGAUUACCUUCUCAACCGACCUUGGGUAAUGUAUUUCGCAGCAUUGGUGGUCUGGACCUACGGCUUCGCAUUGGAUGGACCACUUCGUCCGGUGCCCAUGCUGGCAACGGUUGCCGAUCGCGAGAGAGACAUGCAGGCAUUUCUCCAUCGCAUGAGCGAGAUCCAAGAACCGAACGAACUGGAGGCCAUGAGCGGUCGCAAUGGAUGUCUCGGGUUGCUAAUGAUCUUGCGAGACUCAUUUGCCAAACCACGCUGGGAACUGCUGGGCGAGGCGGCGAGGCUGCUGGACAGCUGUAUCGCCAAGUUGCAGUCGUAG